GAAGUAAAACAACACCUUCGUCCUUCACACAAGCGGCCAUUUUCUUGGUGUUCGUUGACAUGCCUUCGUAAAGAAAUUUGGUGUUGUUUGCCAUCAAUAAGUGAUCAUUUCUCAUGGCUUCUCCCGGUGAACAUGAACAGUUUGCCGAAGAAGGUGUUAGUUCAUUUCGAUUUGAUCACAAUGAAAGGUCUUCUAAAAGGUAGUUGUAAAUCACAUAUGCCAUUGUUUAGUGAUGAACAAAGAUGUAUAUUCGAACUCGAAAGAGCAAUCGAGGCUAAAACGAAGGAGAAGAAUAAUCUACGGGAAAAGUUGCGUUCAAUCCUUCGAUUAUCUGAACGCUUAGAUGCUUUACUACCGUUGAAAUUAGAAUCGAAAGAGAGGGAACUACGUCAUUUUCUGCUCCCUUCAGUGCCUCGUUCGAAUGCGUGUGACAUCGAUACUAACAAAAACCAUACUACUUCAGGCGGCUGUACAAUUAGUUCCAAUGUUCGCCCUGUACCAUCCUUGGUUAGUAGUGGGUUAACCAAGUCUGCAGAUAGUUUGUUGGGUCCUGCAAAUGCAGUGGCUCGUAUUACUAGUUCAAAAGGCGGGGCUCUUCUACCUACUCCUUAUCCUAAUCCUUCUCAGGCUAGUGGUAAAUCUGUUACCCAUACUCGUGGUUUACUACCGUCAGGAAUUCAUUCACAAUCCACCAAAUCUUCUGUAGACAAUGGACCAUGUAUUAAAGAUGUUCCAAACUAUGCAGAUGUAUUAAUUGAUUCUUCUGUUAACUUGGUACUAUCUCGUUUACGCCAGACACAGUGUAAUUUUGAUAAACUUGUUGCAGCUAAUCAAUCUGAACUUCAGUCAUUUACUUUUACUCAAAACAGUCAAAAUGGAAAAAGAAUGAUGAUGCGUAUUCGUGUUCUUGAACAUGAAAAUGAAGAACUAGCAAAUGUCAAUCGUACUGGUCGAACUGCUCGGUUAGAAUCGGAAAUUUCCUUACGACGUGCAUUCGUAAAUGACUUGAAGAAUGCUCAUUCAGAUAUGGAAUAUUUAGUGGAGGAAGCUGAGACAGAAGCUGAAGUGCUUGGUAGUUCUUUAAUGAUGCUGCAACAAAGACUACAGUUAACUCAAAGCACUGCAGAAUUUUUGGCUUCCGAACUACAAAAACUUGAACCAGUGAUUUGUGCUGAGAUAUCGAAUUCCGGAGGCGAUACUGAUACUAAGAACGUGUUGUUACACGAGGAAACAAAAUUAGAAGACGUUACUAGUGUGUCUCCUGGACGACUGCGAAAUUCUCAGAACAAUAGUCUGUACGAUGAGCUUAUUUUGGAUCCUGGUGUUGAAAUUAGCCGACAGUCUUCGGAAUCUCCCAAGUUUUAUACUGAUCUGCCAGUCGAUAGCGACGUCGAUUCUCUAAUGACAGAAAUGAAAUAUGAUGAAAAGUCAUGUAUUUAUGCCCGAGUUCUCCCCAAAUCUGAAAAUAAUAUUUCUGAUGACAAAAAUUUCGGUAAAUCAAAACGUAAACGUGUCUCAGGUAGUUGUGGCGAUUCGUCAAAUGAAAAUUACAAAAGUCAUUUAGACUCUUUAUCGUUUUUACCUGCUCCAUUGUCUAGGAAUACAGUAUCUACUUCCGCUAGUGAUCGGACUAAAUCGCGUCCUGUAAUCCCUGUACGCGGUCCACAACGGACGUUUCAUUCAAACCGUGAGCACACUGCUCCGGUUACUCAAAUAAAAUCCAUUUCAUCUUCAAGAACAUCACCAUUAGAUGAAUGUAUUUCUAGUAAACUUUUAAAACUUUCUAAAUUUGAUAGCAAGUUAACUGUCGAUUCCUCCAUAAAAUCCCCAUGUAUAAAGUCUUUCACAUCUAAUCAUCCCAAUGUUAUUGAUGGCUCAUCUUCAUGAAAUCCCCUUCCUAUUCAUUUAUUUGUUCAAAAUCUCUUACAUGCCCCUCUUUCUUUUGCAUGUUGGAUGUUAUUGUCACCUUACUUAUUUCUUUCUAUGUUGAGUAGUGUAUGUGUGUGUGUAUGCACAGGCAAAGUUAUUCUUGAUUGUUUGAUUUACUGAUGUUUGCUUUAAUUUCCAAUAGGUGGCUUGUUUGUGUUUGUUCUUAAUUCGUUCCUUUUUCACUCUGAAAGAGAAAUGUACUCCUGUUCAGUUUUUUUUAUAUAUAAACGAACUACUGUUUCUUAAACAAUAUAUCAAAUAACACUGAUAAUCAAUUAAACCCCACUUGUGUUUCUCUUCUACGUUUGCACUCUUUAUAUAUACAUAUAUAUAAACGAAAUUGAAUGUACUUAAUAUAUACUCCUGUCAAUUUUUAAGUAGUGCAUAGUUAUUAAGAAAUGACUAGCUAUAUAUUAUUUUCAACAACAACAAAAAACGUAACUAGUUCGAUUUUCUCAUUCUUUGCUAUGAUUAGUCUCAAGGUAUUAUCAACUCUUUUUUAUUAAGAUACUUAAUACAUUGCAUAUUACGUCGGUUUGGUUUUCAUAUAGGUGAUAUUAUUGUUGAUAUUAUUCAUUAUUAUUAUUGCUCUAUAUACUGAUGAUGAUGAUUAUCGCGGUGUAAAUAAAAUCAACGAUCAGUUGCAUUUAUUAUCCAUAAAGAAAAUCACUUGAACAUGUUAACAUGUAUCUUUCUGUCUGUAUUCAGAUAGACAAGGUAUCUAAUCUAAUGAGAAUACAGUGAGAAUUUUGCUAUUCCCCAUAUAUUAUUAAUGUAUAUAUUUGUCAAAACAAUAUACAUUUUGAAGAUGCAUAAUAAUAUGAAUAAUUAACACAGAUAUUGAUAUGUGUCAAAUCUAAGUCAUCUCAUUUAUUCAUUACCAACAGCAGUGCUUUCAUCCUCGUACAUAUAUAUGAACGGUAGUACACUUCGAAGCAAGUUGCUAUUAGUUACUGUUCAUAUGUAUUGCAAUUUUAUCGUUCCAGGUAUUCCUUUUUUUUUCUUCUAAACUAUCAAUUAUAAUAUGAGUAUCUUUUUUUUAAUCUAUUUUUCUAAUUUGGAUUUUUUGGAUUUAAUUUUAAAAGAUUAUUUUUAUACAUAAACCUACUUCAUUUCUGUUAAUGUUUUUUUUAUUGUUGAAAGGUUCUCUUUCACAUAGAUUUCCUACUACCAGUUAGCCUGUGUGUGUGUGUUUAUGUGUAGUUUGACCGGAUAAGACUUUCAGUUUAUGAUAGGAAGCAAUGAACUCUGCAUAGAGUGACAUUUGAAAGUGAUCGACUUGGUCUCGUGUGCAGUUGUGUUUAUGAGGGCUAAUAUCACUUCCCGACUGCCCACACCGUGGAAAAGUAUUUCUUGAAGGACCUGAAAAGGAAGUUGGAUUAGUGUUGGUCAUAACGACCUGGGAGUGUGACCCAAGGGACAACUGCUUGAGGCCGGUCAUGCACGGCCUUUUUGUAUGGGAUUUAUGACGUGUUAGCUCCGUUGUUCAAAGGACUUUACCGCCGGAGACGGAAGUCCGUGGGAUAAGGCGAGGUGUGC